UGCAAAACUGAAAGAUGGCAAUGCUAAAGUCUUAGGUUUUACAAGAUUAAAUGAGAUGGUGGCCAGGCUACAAAAGUCAGUAGAGUCCUUGCAUGAAAUGGGACAUCCAGAAUACAAUGAAGAUUAUAGUUAUCUGUUGGAAUGCUGUGAAGUACUUGAGAAGAUAGAACUGAAGGUGAAAAAAACUGAGCAAAAAGCAAAGGAAUGGUCUGAUUGUGCUGCUGUAAAUAGAGUUCAGUAUAAGUGGUUGUCUUUUUUGCCUACUCAUGGGAUUAUUGAAAUAUAUAAACUCAUACAAUCAUCCAAGAAACAAAGCAAACAAGAUAUUGCUUAUAAAAUAUUUAAGCAACUUCGUUUUCUUAUGUUGGAAUCACAGUCAAGUUAUAUGGAGUAUUUUGAAACUGCCAUUAAAUCUAUCAGUUCUAAGGAAUCGUCAACUGGAGUGGUUGGCUUAUCUCUUGGGUCUAUCAGUUCUCAGGAAACACCAACAGGGGUAGUUGGCUUAUAUCUUUAUGAAGUUUUUAAGUCUGUAGUCAUUUCUAAACCUAUUGAGAAGGACUUUCGCAGCUUUGCUGUUCUUCAUCAGUGUCACAAGUUUACUGUAAAACAUCUCAUUCAGGGCCUCUAUUCUAUUAACAGUCAAUUUCCUAAAUGUUAUGAGUUAUUAAGAUGCCAUUCUGGAACAACACUAAAUGAUAUUCAACUAUUUUUUCAAAGAAUUGAGUUUUUUCCUCGGCAUUAUUACUUUCUUCAAGUUGAUCAACUCAAUUCAAAAUUACAGGAGUCAUUGGUACAAUAUUAUUUGGAACUCUAUGACAAGAUGCUAAAAUGUGACACUCAUGCACGAUCAACACUACACUUUAUAGAAACUUCAGCUUCUCUUCUUCAGAAUGCUCCAUUCAUCAAUACUGUUGUAAAAAAUGAGGAAAAUCUCCAAAAAGUUGACAUAUCUUUCUGGAGCCAACCGCAAUUAGUUUAUGGUUUGCAAGGCAAUGGAAAAACUCAUUAUAUUAGGAGUCAACUUACUGCUAAUAAUGUUGUCUUUGCUGUUAAUGAGAUGUUUUUUGUUGGAAAAGUUAUUGAUAAAUUAAAACUGCUGUGUGAUGAGAAGAAUUGUUCUAUUUUUUUCAAUUUUACCCUCUUACCUCCAGGAAAAAGUGUAGCAGAGGAAGAAAGAAAGGAGUUUGAAACACUAAUGGAUAAAAUUGGAUGGUUUAUGUUUGAGUUUCUUGUAUUGGGCUAUAUACAAGAUCCACACACUGGGGCAUCAUUCUCUGUCCCAUUAACAGAAAAUUGGAAAAUUUUUAUAGAAGUUCCAUCACUACAUAAUGAUCCCCAAAGCAAUUUAAAUACUUUUAAAGAACUCCUUCCAACUUUUAAUUUCAUUGGUGCACCAAAACAUAUUAGUUCUAGUUGGCCUUAUAAAGUUGAUGAUGAUGUACAGCUUGUUUGCAAAUAUCUAAAAGCAUAUAAGGCUGAACAAGAAAACCCAGGAACAAGAGAAGGGAUUAAUAAACUAUUUAAUGAUUUUAUUCAAAUUCCAGUCAAAUUUAGUACUGAGGCUGAUUUUGACGAGUCAGAAUGCUUGUCAUUGUUAGAUAAAUACAUGCCAGAUUAUAUAGCAGAGCGCAAAAUAAGUCAAAAGCUCUUUAUCAAGUACAUAAAAAGACGGUGCUAUUUUCUUGAUAAUUUGCCUCAGUACAAUUACAAUGCUGGAAGAAGUUUAGAUGGAAGUGAUACUAGAAAGCUUGGCUCCACAUUAAUGAAUGCAAUGCUAAAUGAAGUUCCUCAAUUUUGUGAUCCAUCUACUAAAGAAGAUUGGUCUAUACAAGCCCAUCAACAAUUAAUUUAUGAAGGUGUUGGCAGCAUUGGGUUAAUUACAUUAUAUCCUGAUCAAAUAUCUUCCGAAGAUAGAAAAUCAUUUACUAACAUUGGAGUAAAAAUUCUAUCUCAAGGGGAUUUUUAUAAAAGAAAAGUAUUAGAUGAAUAUUUGGCUCGAGCCCUUACUCUUCCUCUGUCUGAAGUUACAGAAGUCAUUUAUACACCUAAAGGAAAAGGUCUACCAAUUGAAGAAACUCAAUAUAAAACACUGAAGCUAAUUGAUGACAGCGACUAUGUCUUAACACUGGAUUUUGCACUAAAAAUGAUUAAUAUUCAUGAAAGGAGAGAAUGUGGCAUGCCAGUUAUUAUUGAGGGAGAAACUGGAGUUGGAAAAACUGCACUGUUAAGAAUGCUGUCAAAACUUUGGAAUUAUAGUUAUGAAACUGAGCUUAAAUUUUAUGAGCAAAAACUCAAGGAAACACUUACCCUGCAUCAUAAAAGACAAAACAGACUUGAUAUGUCUUUAAAACAGCAGUUAUCUCGAUUUAGAAAUGAUGUUGAAAGUGAAGAAAUAUUCACUACUGGAGGAAACAUUGAAGCAGCAGAGUUAAAAAGGAUUAUCUUAGAAUUAGAAAAGAUAGCAUUAGCAAUGAAAAAAAAUCCAUCCUUGUCAGUUGUUUUACCUAGACAUGAUACAGAAGAGAAGUUUUGGAGAAUAGCUAACACUUCAGAUGAUAAUAUUGACACCAAAGAUUUAUUGAAGCUCUUGGAUGGAUUUGCUACAGCAGAAAUAUCAACAUUUCAUAAGUUGGAUGUUCAUGCAGGACUUAAAACUUAUGACAUCAUAAAUUUUUUUAACCGAGUCAAUGAACAAGCAAAGCGAAUCUGUAUUCAUUUUAAAGAUUGUGUUGAUAAAUCUCAAAUUCCUCAAGUUACAGCAUAUCUUGAUGAAAUCAACACAUCAUCUUGUAUGGGGCUUUUCAAAGAAAUUAUAAUUGAUAGAACCAUCGAUGGAGAGGCAAUACUGGAUAAUGUAUUUAUCAUAGCUGCUUGUAAUCCUUUACGUGGAGACAGUACAAUUCAUUUGCAAAAUGUAAAAAAUGUUUGGGUUAAGCCAAGUUAUUAUGUUCGUGAGCUUCAUCCUACAAUUGAUUAUCUAAAAUGGGACUAUGGAGCAUUAAAUAAAAUUCAAGAAAAAGAAUACAUCACUGCUAAAAUGAAUGAUUGUACUAAAGAUCAACCUGAUGCUUUUACUUCUGAUCAAUUAACUGAAUUAAUUUUAGAAAGCCAAGUAAGAAUGAGGCUAUAUGCUAAUACAUUGUUAACAAAUAAAGGAGUUCAUGUAAUGGAAGCCAGGAAGUGUUCUAGAAGUUGUGUUAGUCAAAGAGAUAUUCAACGAGUAUUUGAUUUCUACAAGUGGUCCCCAUAGUCCCAUUUUAGAUAAUCAAUUGUAGGAUGAAGCUCACGAACAUAAUAACUUGGCUUAACCCAAACAUUUUUUACAUUUUGCAAAUGAAUUGUACUGUCUCCACGUAAAGGAUUACAAGCAGCUAUGAUAAAUACAUUAUCCAGUAUUGC